AUGAUGUCAGGGGUUCCUGAAUUUCCUUCGAUUUUUAUUACUGGUAUAACAGGCUACAUUGGAGGCGAUGUCUGGCAUGCCAUUAGCGAGAAGUAUCCAUCAUGUGCGGCAAGAGCAUCCUGCCUCGUCCGAACGAAGGAGAAAGGAGUACAAGUGCUGUCACGCUACCCAUCGAUUCGCCUCGUUUACGGAGAUCUCGACAACAGGGAGCUCAUCGAAGCCGAAGCAUCCAAGGCAGAUAUCAUAUUGCAUCUAGCAAGCAUAGAGCACGUUGAUUCUUCGAGAGCGAUAAGCCGUGCUCUUCAGACUCGUGAGAAACGCCAUCAGCCAACCUACUGGAUUGCGAUCUCUGGAACAGAUAAUAUUGCCUGGGAGGACUGUAAGAACAAAACGUACGGAGAGCCACCUAGUGACCAGAUAUACGAUGACUGGGAAGGUCUCUCUGCCGUGGCAUCCCUUCCUGAAAGUGCACCGCAUCGGGAUGUGGAGAUUAUCCAGCUGGAGAGUGGAGGGGACUUUGCCAAAACUGCAAUCGUAUCUGCCCCUUGCAUAUAUGGAAUUGGACGCGGUAGCAUCAAUCAACGAAGCAUCCAGAUUCCAGAUCUAGCUCGGUAUACCCUGCAAAAUGGCUAUGGACUUCAGCUAGGCCGGGGUCUCUCCAUAUGGCCAAAUGUUCAUAUUGAGGACCUCAGUGACGUAUUUCUCCGCAUCUUUGAAGAAGCUAUUCACAAUGGUAGCCGAGCAUCAUGGAAUCGUGAGGGAUAUUAUUUCGCGGAGAAUGGAGAGCACGUGUGGAGAGAAGUUGCAUCUCUUCUGUCCCGUGAAGCCCAGAAAAGUGGACUCAUCCAAUCAGCUGAAGUGAGAAGCUUUGAGGCAGAUGAAGCAGACAAGCAUAUUGAUUUUGCGUCUCUGUUUUAUGGCGCUAUGUCACGCUGCAGGGCGAUAAGAGCUCGAAGGCUACUUGAGUGGGAGCCGCGGCAUGCGGGCAUCGAAGAGGCAGUCUUGGAGGCGUUGGAAAUCGAGGCCAGAAGGCUCGAGAUUUGA